AAAUAAAUUUAUUAAUAAUUAUUGAUAAAAUUAAUCAUUGCUUGAUAAGUUAAUUAGAUAUUGUAACUUUCAUAUUAUCUUUUAAAGUGAACAUUUACGUAAUAUCACCUCCUACCACAAAUAAAUUUAAAAAAUUCAUAACACUUUCCACUAUUUAAUUAUUUCCUUUUAAUAAAUCCCCCACUGUAAGUAAAAAUCACGCUCUGAAUAAUGUUAAAGCCUUAAUAAAGUUAAUACAUCUUGUAUUUAGUAGAGUGCAAACUUGGUUUAGCCCACUCUACUAAUUAAAUUAACUGUAAAAAAGUCUACUAAUCCGAGUGAUGAAUAAAUUUCGUGCUUAAUAUUGUGAUUCGAACUCAAAUCGUUCUUAAAUAAUCGUAUGACAUGAUUUAAACAUCCUACCUUAAAAUAAAGAAUUUAUUGUGAGUGCUGUGUGAAAUGAACGUGGAGGUUAAUACAACACCUUUGUAGAGCUUUAACAUGACGGAACCAUUCAAAACUCGAAUAGUAAAUGGUUUAACACAUUUAAAAAUUGAAGAAGCAGUCGAAGACCCUUUAAUUAAUAACAACGCUGUUCUGGACGAAUGCGAACAAGCAGAGGAAGUAUUAACUACAGAUUCUGAAGAAUAUUUAUCUGAACCUUUGAGGUAUCACAGGUUUCAAUAUUCAACAUCAACAGACAUGUCGAGUGAAACUUUAAAGCAAGAGGAUAUUAAAUAUUUUUCUUGCAACGGAAAUGUUGCUGGGAAUUGUUUGCAAAUUCCUAUUGUAGGAUAUGAAAUUAUGGAAGAAAGAGCUAGAUUUACUGUAUUCAAAUUACGUGUGGAAAAUAAAUCGACUGGUGAUUGUUGGUACGUCUUCCGUCGUUACACCGAUUUUGUCCGCCUUUGUAAUAAAUUGAAAGAACUUUCUCCACGAAUCUUCCAAUACCUACCUCGAAAGCGUUGGUUAGGUAACAAUUUUGAUCCACUCUUCCUAGAAGAUCGUGUUAGUAAACUUCAAUCUCUUGUAAAUCACAUGUUAUCCGAUCAUCAAUUGGUCAAUUGUACAGAACUCCAGGAAUUUUUUUGUUUAACAGAGCCUCCAAUGUACUCAGAAACUAGUGAAGAAUCAAGGGCUAUGUUUGAGGGAUUUGAAGAGACUAUUUAUCAUUUAAAACAACAGAUUAUGGAAAAGGAACAAAUUAUCGAUAAUUUACAUGAUGCCUUGAGAGAGAAAAGUAUUGAAAAUGAUAAUUUAAGGAAAUUAAUGAAGGACACCGUUUGUCAAAAGUGCCAAAAAGAUAUAGACAAUACUAAUAAAGUUAAUAAUAAUUAAAAGUUACCGUUUAACUACUUAAAAACAGAAAUAAUGAUGGAUAUUUGGUGCUGUUAUACGUAUUUUAUAUUAUGUAUUAUUAUCACAUAAAGUAAUCAUGAACUAGAGCACCUACUUUUUAAAACAUAAGUACAUAAGUUAUGAACAUAUAUAUUUUUAUACGUAUUUUUAAGGUAAACCUGUUAUAAAAUAUUUUUUUUUGAAAUAUUUUUAUAAUAUGAAACAAGGUUCUAUUAAAAGAAAACAGAUAUAAGGCUGUGUUUAAGGUCUAAACAACUAUUACAUAUAACUAUUAUAAUGUUAAGUAAACCUAGAAAAAUCUAUGUAGUAUAACUCUAUUGUUAUUCAUUAAUAUAUAUUUUUAUUUUAAA